GCAUGGCUGAGGUAAACUUCAAAGUGACAAACAAAAUUCAAACAGUAAAAAAGACACCAAAAAUAUUUUUGUUCGUCCAAUUUUUCUAAAAACGGCAAAAUUUCAGACUAAACGUGUUCGAAAUAUUUUUAGAAGUGUUAAGAGUUUGUUCAAAAGGCUGACAGUGACGAUGGCAAGUAAGAGACUCCCCGUCAAAAAGCCACGAGAACUACCUGACAAGACUGCGGAGCUGCCCGAGGUGGCUCUAGCAGCUAUCGCAUCUUACAAGAAGCAGAAGGAAGUUGGCGAUUUCAUUAACUUCUUGCUAGCAGCGUUAGAUCGGAACUCAAAUUGGCUGAACACGGUAGUCGGUAGACAGAACAACUUCAGAUGCGUUUUAAUGGUCGGAGCGGGCCCCAAUCGCUUCCAGCUACAAGAAGUCAUUUACCCGUCUGGCGGCAGUGACAUUAAGCUGGAAGUAGAACUCAAAGACUCUGAAGAUCAUGAUAAAAUAGCUAUUGCAGCUUUAGUAAAACUGACAAACCUUGAACUAGACCAUCUCCUAAAAUACGUAAAGACUCGCCUAUGUGACAACACGAUGUUGCGUGAGGAUCUUCUGAAAGGCAAAGCGUUGGGUAUAAGUUUUGCCGUCCUGAGGCCAUUCUGCGAUAAACAGUAUCGCGUGAUCGAAAGGAUUGUUGUCGGAAGCUCCAUGAAAUGUGUUACCCCCAUGAAAUGUGUUACUCCCAUGAUAAAAAAACGCCGAAGGGAUGAAAAAAUUCUCGUCGAACCUCCAUUUAAGAAGACUAGAAAAGUCACAUAGCAGAGACUACACUAGUUGCCGGAUUAUUGGGUAUACAAUCAUUUUGAACAAAAUGGACAGUCGUUAUGGUGUACCGCAGUGUCAUGUAGCAUGUAAUGGCAGCAAUUUGGGUCGACUGUAAAAUGCGAAGCUCACAGUAAAUUAUACUCAUUUUUGCAAUGAUCGUUUCCGAUUACCUAUGAUGGAUGAGGGCGCAUUUGUGGUGAAACGGCUACAUUUUGACGGAUAUUCAUUUCUUUUUACCCAUGUAAUGUGCCUCGUUACUACAGAAAUAUACCUAUAAUCAAACAAAACAAA